AAAACCAUAGUAUUUUCUUUUUGGGUUACAUAAAAAUAUCUUUGUAUGAAGAAGAAGAAAGAAUCAUUACACAGCUUUCACUCACAAGAUUACAAGUUUGCAAAUUGCAUAUAAGGAAACUCCCAAAAAAUAUCAUCAAAGAUCUUUUCAGAACACAAAAAAAAAAAGAAAAAAAAACAUAAAAAUAAAAAUAAAAAAUCUUCACGUUUCUUCUCUCUCUCUCUCUCUCUCUCUCGAGCCACCAAAUCUGAAUUAGGGUUUUUGAGAAUAUUCAUCUUUUGAUUUCAAAUUCUUCACCCACUGUGUAAUUUCACUCGUCAGGAUUCAUCUGCGGAAUCAUGAUUACAGAUUCGAUCACCAACGCUUCUGCUACUUCAGCUCCGAGAGAUUCCGGAAAGAAGAAGAGGAACAAUAAGUCGGCUAAGAUGAAGCAGAACAAGCUUGGUCUCCGUCGUGAGCAAUGGCUUUCUCAAGUUGCGGUGAGCAAUAAGGAAGUUAAAGAGGAGAGGAGUGUUAAUCGUAGUCAAAAGCCUCAUCAUGAGAGUUCAGAUAAGGUGCGUAGAGAAGAGGAUAACAAUGGUGGGAAUAAUCUUCUUCAUCAUGAGAGUUUUAUGGAGUCACCUUCAAAUAGCUCUGUUGGUGGUACAUAUUCGAGCACUAACUUCAGUGGGAGAAGUAGCAGGAGUAGUAGUAGCAGCAGUGGCUUUUGCUCUGGUAAUAUAACAGAAGAGGAAAAUGUAGACGAUGAUGAUGAUGGGUGUGUGGAUGAUUGGGAAGCUGUUGCUGAUGCGUUAGCGGCUGAGGAAGAGAUUGAGAAAAAGAGUCGUCCUCUUGAGUCUGUGAAAGAGCAAGUGAGUGUUGGACAAUCAGCUUCUAAUGUGUGUGAUUCGUCGAUUAGUGAUGCAUCAGAUGUUGUGGGUGUUGAAGAUCCAAAGCAGGAAUGCUUGAGAGUGUCAUCAAGGAAGCAGACUAGUAAUAGAGCUUGGAGGCUAGAUGAUGACCUUCGCCCACAGGGGUUACCUAAUUUGGCGAAGCAGCUUAGUUUUCCGGAGUUAGACAAGCGUUUUAGCUCUGUGGCGAUUCCGUCUUCAUGUCCCAUAUGCUACGAAGACUUGGACUUGACGGAUUCGAAUUUCCUCCCCUGUCCUUGUGGAUUUCGGCUCUGUCUGUUCUGCCACAAGACCAUUUGCGAUGGAGAUGGGCGUUGUCCAGGCUGCAGGAAACCCUAUGAACGGAAUAUGGUCAAGGCUGAGACUAGUAUUCAAGGUGGUGGUCUAACAAUUCGGUUGGCUCGUUCGUCUAGCAUGUUUUGCAAGUUUUAAAAGGAGAGGUGCGGUUUUCUCAACCAUGUUGUCUUUUGGAACUCGAGAACUUAAGCUCUGUUUUCUAUGUCAUCUAUGGUUCUAAGUCUGAAACACUGUGGUGAUGAUGUAGAAUGUGAUGUGUGAAUACAUAAAAGGUGGUACAGAAAAUGAUUCAAAUACAUUUAGAUAGUUUCAAUAAUGAAUGCUAUGUUCUCUUUUCUAAUUCCAUAUGUUUGGUCUGCAUUUAUUCCUUGUCAAACAUUAUUGAAGGUUUAAGAGUUAUUUUGUUGCUAUGGUGAAUCCUCUUGACAAGUUACUCAUGAACCAAAGCUUGUUUUUUAGAAUCACCAUUCACCA